AUGGCCUCGGCACAAGAAGAGGCUAAUGCCUUGAAGCUGAAAGGCAACAAGGCCUUUGCCGAUCAUGACUGGCCAACGGCAGUUCAUUUCUACGACCAAGCUAUUGAGAAGUACGACAAGGAGCCGUCCUUCUUCUCCAACAGGGCCCAGGCACAAAUCAAGCUAGAGGCAUUCGGAUUCGCUGUCGCUGACGCCACUGCGGCUUUGGAACUGGACCCCAACUACGUCAAGGCGUAUUGGAGACGUGCUCUGGCCAAGACCGCCAUCCUCGAUUACAAGGGAGCCCUGCGAGAUUUCAAGGACGUGGUCAAGCGCGAACCGAACAACCAAAACGCCAAGCUCAAGCUCGCAGAAUGUGAAAAGCUCGUGCGCCGCCUGAAUUUCGAGAAAGCGAUCGAGGUUGCCGACCCCCCGUCGGCAUUUGAGGGCUUGGACAUUGACGCCAUCAAGGUGGAAGAUGAUUAUGAUGGUGUGCGCCUAGGCAAUGACAUGACCCAGGAAUUCAUUGAUGAUAUGAUCCAACGAUUCAAGGAUGGCAAGAAGAUCCACCGCAAGUACGUGUUUCAGAUCAUCAAGGCUGUGAAGGAACUCGUCUAUAAUGAGCCAACCAUGGUGGAGAUUGGUGUCGACGCGGGCAAGAAGCUCACAGUCUGUGGCGAUACUCACGGUCAAUUUUUCGAUUUGCUUGAGAUUUUCCGCCGCAACGGGAGCCCGUCCGAUUCGCACGCCUACCUCUUCAACGGUGACUUUGUCGACCGAGGCUCGUGGUCUUGCGAGAUUGCCUUGCUUCUAUACGCUUACAAGUGGUUGCGCCCAAGUGGGAUGUUCCUCAAUCGCGGUAAUCACGAGACGGAUGAUAUGAAUAAGGUCUACGGCUUUGAGGGCGAGUGCAAGGCCAAAUACAACGAGCGUGUCUUCAAGGUGUUCUCCGAGUCAUUCUCGGCGCUGCCCUUGGCUACCUUGGUGGGCGAAAAGUACCUUGUCUUGCACGGCGGUCUGUUCUCAGAUGACAAGAUCACGUUGAAUGAUAUUCGCAAGCUGAAUCGUCACAACCAACGCCAGCCCGGACAACAGGGCCUGAUGAUGGAGAUGCUCUGGACUGAUCCCCAGCCCCAGCCUGGCCGCGGUCCUUCCAAGCGUGGCGUUGGCCUUCAGUUCGGCCCAGAUAUCACCAAGCGCUUCUGUGAGAACAAUGGCCUUGAGGCCAUCAUUCGGUCACAUGAGGUCCGGAUGGAAGGUUAUGAGGUUGAACACGAUGGCAGGUGUAUCACUGUCUUUUCGGCACCCAAGUACUGCGACUCUACAGACAACAAGGGCGCGUACAUCAACAUUGGGCCCGACCUCAAGCUCAAUUACGAAGUCUUUGAUGCCGUACCUCACCCCGAUAUUAAGCCCAUGGCUUAUGCGCAAAACUCGAUCCUUUCUUCCAUGUAA